AUGGUUGGCACUAAUAAAAAUAAAAUUGUGAAAUAUCUGCGAAGUAUUAAAACAAGACGAACAAGCCUACGUCUUCAAAAUAAAGUCAAGAAACCCUUGCCUCAGAAUGUAGCUAAAGUCACGCAAAAUCCUCUUGGCGUAUUCAGUUAUGUUCCAGAUGAAAUCUUGUUUUAUAUUUUCCACCGUAUGCGACUAUACGAUCUUGCUUCACUCGCUUUAACUUCAAGAGCACUACGAGAUAAGCUGAUGAGUUUUCACUACAGCACUCAAGCAUUGCCAGUCUUAAAACCUGUGGUGAUAAAUCCUGAAAGCUCAGAUGAAACAGACAGAGAAUCAGCAUACCUCUCUCAUUUUCACAACUUGGGUAAGCAUACGGUAUUGUAAAUGACAUAUCUGAUCAUUCUCUGAAAUAUAUUCAGUGGUGAAUUACAUUGAACUCAACCAGCCGCCGCCAUUCUCCACCCCGCCGGCAUAUUUAUACAUCCAGAUUUAAAAUCAGUCAAUCUUAAACUUUAAACAUUAUAUUGCCAAAUCAUCCCAUGCAAGUCUGUGAACAACCAGAACGUUUUCUUUCCUUCAUUCUACCCAUGCAGCUGUUCCAAUAAAACCUCCAUUAUUUCUCUCUCUCCACCUGUGAAAUAUAGAGUUUGAAAAUAUCAUACAACCCCCUAAUCUUAAGCCCCUCUCAUGUUAGCUUUUAGGGCACGUAAUAUAAUACACCUCCAGGUAAGGUUACUGUCCCGCGUAAAAGGUGAAUUACUAUAUAUACAGUUUUGUUUAGAUAGCGCCGUUUCUCAAUUGACCUGUUGUAAAAAUUUACAUCUGAGGUAGGAGUAACGGUGCGUUUCACGUUCCCUGUAGACAUCAUGCUUGAGUCCAUUUAAGGCUGAACUAUUUGACUUGUUUAUUGUCUGGAAAUGCGCUUUAGAGUAAAUUUCAAAGUUUUCGGGUCGAGUGGGAGAGGUCUUUUAUGUUUUCGGUCUUAAGUAGUUAAAUUACUUAUGUUUCCUUGGGUAUAAUGCUCUGACUGUGGUUUUUUGUGUUGAAAAUUAUAAUCACGAAUUAAACUCUGGCAUCGCAUCAAAAAAUGGUGAUUACUCAAAUUCCCACAAACUUCUUUGAAAUGAGUUUCCAACCGUAGCUUACAGAGUCUGUUUGGUUGUGUAAUGCAAAAUAACGCGUAGUAGUGCGGAGUGUAAAUGUUUCCAAACCACUUUCAGGAAUAUUUCUCAAGAGAUUGACCUGUUUGUAUUCAACAAGAGAGAGAUUAAGAAUCGUUGGAAUUCUAUUGGAAAAGGUAAUUACUCCCAAACUUGGAAACCAGGUGCGUCAGGCAACAAAAGGUGGCCGAAGUGAUCUAAAACAUAUCCUGACUUAAAACAAGAAAGUUGUUUGCUGUUGGGCCACCUUAGACUAUGUGCACACGGUAACGUUUUCGAGCGUUUUCAUUUGUGUUUUCACGCUAAAACGGAUACAAACACUAUCAAUUUACGACAGAAGUUGUAGUUUAUUUAAUAUAUCCGAGAUAUUUUCCUUUGGGCUGUGCGAAUACGUGUCAAAACGAUUUUACGGACAAAAACGUUUUUGAAAACGCUGCAAAACGACGCCCGUGUGCACAUAGCCUUAGUCUACUGUCAUGAUAAAUUACAUACCGCAGAUUGAUCAAAUAUUAUAUCAGACAAUCAUGUUGUUUUUCGCUACUUUAGUUGGCUUCACUAAAUGAAUGCAACAUCAAACAAACAUGCAACCAUUAAUUAACCAGCCAAAUGUUUGAAAAGUCAAUGCAUGAGCCUAAUGAGGUGUACAACACCCCUGGUGAAGUAUACUAGAGAACUCCCAGAAUCCAGGGAGGAACUCGUGUACUGCAACGUACAGCAUAGUGAUUUUACUUAUUUACUUUAUAAUUUGUUAACUUUCGUCAGUUUAUUUUGCCAAAUAUUACUUCAAUUUUAACAGUUUAGUUUGAUUUAUUAACCUUUACGAUAUUGCAGCUAAAAGACACCCACCUGGCCAUAUGUGAACAUUAUGGCAGUGAGGUAGCUUACCGAUGCUACGGCAAUAUGCUCCAUGCUUUAAUUGCGGGAUGGGAAAACGACGAGAAGUGCAGGGCGUACUUGGCUGUCAAAGGUAAAUGUAAUGAUUCGUGUGUUUAAAGUGUAGUAUACAAUGCAUGCAGGUACAUUUUUCAAUACCACAAUUAAUACACCCUUUUAGAAAGUACGUUAUGAUAAUGUAAUAUUUCAAAUACGACUAUGAGAACUGGACUAGAUUUCAGCUCCGCGCGCAAUUUGAUCCAGUCCGAGACGAAGCAGAGGACUGGUUCAAAAUGCGCGGUCUUGAAAUCUAGUCCAGUCCGAAUUGGAGGAUUUGAAAUGAAAUCUCAUGCAAGUAAAUCACGACUUAAAGUGAGGUGAAUUAAUUUUGGUCCAGUCCAAGGACUGAAUUAAUUUUGAUCCAGUCUUAGGACUGGAUCAAUGUACUUCAUCAGGUAUCCAGUAUUAUCAUGUGAGCAAAAUAUGUUUGGCUAAUUUACUCAUGAAUUAUUAAUGAGUUUGAGAUUUUAUAUUCCAAUCCAGAUUAGAAUCAGAAUUUAGAUUCCAGUUAAUUAAUUUCAAUCAUGAAACCGAGGCUCCAUAAGCGUGCGAAAGCCAUUCCUGAUCGAGACAGACUAGUCAUGCAUGGAGUCCGUUUGGCAUUUUGGCUGUUGGAAUUGAAUCACUGUCUAGUCUGUCUGAUAAUGAGGUUACCCAAUUAAUUUAACACAACAUUAUAAACUUACCCCCAUAGUGCUAUAUGCCAAAAUAGUAAUCCUGACAAAAUCCUUAUAAGAACUGCGCUGAAAACAAUUGAAUGUCGUCCAAUAUCAACAAAACUUUACGUUACUAUGAGGUAUGUUUGUGCUGGCGUCAUUACGAGAUCUAAUUGAUGAAAAACAUUGAUGAACUAUAUCUCAUUAUUUCGUCCGCGGUGACCUAUCUUAAAAUUUUGCACGCCGAAUUUUAUUGCAAAAGUCAUUCUCCAUGCCGAAAAUAAAUGCCGAAGAAAUGUUAUUGAAACAACUCACAUUUUUGGGUUUUAAAGAAAUUGACAUUAGAGAAUAUUUUUAAACUUUGCCUAUUGUCAGACUAUAAUGGAGAAUGUGCCAUAUAUUGUCAGAUUUAUAAUGUCACUUGUGAGCUGUUAUGUGUCAACGUAUUUCGACAUAUUAUUCUGUAACUAUAAUUCAAACGUUGCGCUUCUCGUCAUGUGCCGAAUGCAUUAAAAACAAUAUGAAAAUCAGCUGAAAUGCCUCAUUAUCUAUUGUUUGUAAUGCGUUUGACACAUGAGAAGUGCGACGUUUGAAACAAGGCUUAGAAUAUUGCCUAAUUUCUCAAGGUAUGAACAACCGAAUUAGAGUACUGGUUAUAAUAUUAAUAGUUUAAAUUAUACCCAUGAUUUCGUUUGUUCAUAUAUAAGAACUAAGAAGUACUGAAAAUAGUCAUGUUUAUGCACUAGUCAAUCGAAGCCCAGCCCCCCCCCCCCCACCCCCGGGGAUAUACCGUGUUUUAACGGGACUUUGCGGGGGAAAUACAGGCUUUUAACAAACGUCGCUUGUUUGCUACCCGGGGUUUUAACACUGACUUCAAACACUCAUUAAUAAUUCGAUUGGCAAAUCAUGUCAACUAUAAUAUGUCACGUGCAGUGGCUUUAAACCUGAUAAAACACUACUAAUUAGCAUUCUUUAUAUAAAGAAUACUAAUAAGGCAGCAUCUAUUGUUGUCGUGUUCUCAUUAGUAUUUUUUAUAUAAAGAAUACUAAUAAGGCGGUAUAUCUAUUGAAUUUGUAUAGUCGUGUUUGAAGCCGUUUAAUAAACUCGCAGGUCGUGUUUUAUUAGGUCUAAAGCCACUCGCGCUGCGCGCUCGUGUCUUUAAACCUAAUAAAACACUCCUGCUCGUUUAUUAAACAGUACUUAAAUAGUCGGGCAUCAUAGCCGGGGAUUUAACGCCAUUUUUAACGUGUGAAAAUAUCAUUUGUUGUAAACGCAUUGCCACGGACGUUUUAUUGUUUUUCACUGAAUUUUGCUUAUAUAAUAAACAGGAAAAUACAUGGGUGCUUGGAAAUACCACUUUAUUUCUCGUGUUGAACAUGAUAUCUCACUCGUUCGCUGCCCUCACUCGUAAGAUAUCAUGUUCAACACUCGAAAUAAAUCUGGUAUUUCCGCGCACCAAUGUAUUAUUCUCUAUAACUUUGGCGGAGUUUUAAUAAAAUUAUUAAUGUUAGGUUUUUUAUCAAACUGCGGAAAUUUGAAAAAAAAACACCCAAAUGUUUAGGCCCAGUAACCCGGGGAUUUUAACAAUUGAACAAGAUUUUUUAGCCGGAAUUUUAACAACCGUGAAAUGUUAAAAUCCCCGCUUAGUCCCGGGGGUCGGGGGGUCGGGCUUUCGAUUGACUAGUGCAUUAAUGUUAUUGUGGUGUCUAUAGAGUUCAGGAGGACCAGAUUGGAAAAAGUUGUAACUUUAGCCUAUAUAUGUUUGUCCCCAAUAACUAAAGUGUUAUUAUUGUUAUUAUGUUCUCAGUAAAAUGAAGCACGAAAGAAAUUGGGAUUUGAAGCAUUUUAGAGUGAACUUCGUACGCACAAAUCAAUCCAUGAGUGGUAUCAACUGUAUCGCAUGACGUGAUUCAGUCAAUCUGAGUUGAUGGCCAGCUGCAAGAUCCAAUGCUCAAAAAGUUAUAUCUUGCAUUUUCGUUAUAUAGCCCUGCCAUUACGUUUCAAUAAUUAUCGUACUUUAGGUGCUUCACGUGUCGAUGAGCGGUUGGAUGAAGCGUUAAAGAGAGGCCCUGGAUCUAAGCCUUGGUAUGAAAAAUAUGUCAGAGUAUUUUAUAGAGAAAUAUUCCUGGACAAAGCUGAUGAUGGUGCUGAACUUGGUUUUUGGUUAUGUCAAAUGCUUUCGCCAUUGCCCCUUGUAUAUCAAGCUAGAAUGCUUUAUAUACUAUACGGACCUGAAGACUCUAAUGAAGGUAUGAAAUAUAUUUAAUAAAAUGCACAAAAUAAUAAAAAUAUCACAAUAUUAAUAUUAUUUUCAUCACCAAAUAUAUGUCUGGUGCUUCAACAACAAUUGGAAAAAAAGAUUGCUAAGCACAAAAUGUAGGAACUUUUAUCUUCCUAGAGUCUAGAGAUACUUUGUUAUAUCAAGGAAUUCCUUUCUAUAUGUAGACAAAGUAGAUGGACUAGCUAAUAUCUACUAUCAGUCGAGCAUUCGCUCACUUGAACGUCCUAUAGGAAAAUGCUCUAACGAAUUUCCACAUUGAGUUGAGAGAAGCAAAGUGCCAAAUGACCCCCCCCCCCCCCCACCCUCUCCCAUGGAAAACAUUUUUUAUAAAUUGCAUUACGUGUGAAGCAUGGAAUUAUGAUCAUCUGAACCUUUCAGAACCAGACAGAUGGAAAUAUGAUACAACGUAAGAUCUUACCCUCAUCCAGCAAUGCGACGUAUAUGUACUUUCCAUAGUUUAAUUGAUACUGAGUCCAGUUUACUCAAAAACUGAAAUGCACUUUGCUAUGCUAUGCUAUGCUAUGCUAUAUUUGUCUCAACUAAAUAUGGUCUCAUCUAGAAUUGAUUUAUUGGUAUAAAAUGACAACAUGCCCAACGUUCUUUGGUGUUGAUGAUAAAGACCUUGAAGGAAUCGCAAAAGCGUUGACAAAUCUCUAUAACAACAAUGAAAAAGAAUGGAGCCGUGAUAAUUUGAUCAGUGUAAUGGAAGAACUGAUUAGUAAGUAUUGAAUAAGUAUAUUACAGUUGAAUCUGAUAAACAGAGAAUGUUUGACCUGUUGCGCUCUUUAGAAAAAGAAUGUUUGUCCACCCCUAGAGCUAUACGGCAUUUUGAAUAAUUUGUUAAGUAAGUAUAACCGUGUAUAAUGCGUUGACAGUGCGUCUGAGAAAGGCGUUAAUCAAUUCAAAAAUUUUGAAGAGUCAUUGUCAACCACAAUGCAUCGUGCGCCCAAACCUGCUUGGCGGCCAUUUUAAUGGCGGAAGAAUAGAUAUUUCGGUUUUCAAUCCAUUAAAUAUUACUUAUACUUGCUCAUUUUAACUUUUUCAUACUAAAAUUGCACCAAAGAAAUGUUUAUAAUCGUCAUUUGUUGCUAUUUGUCACUUCCGAAAUUUCGACAUAACUAAUUGUUGAAGGGACUUUAAUAGAAAUUUCGAGUGGAAUUUUUAUACAUUUAUUAGACUUGACCAGAAGUAGUUGCGGAAAAUGCAAAUAUUGGCCUUCUGGCAGGAAUCGAACCUGCGGCCAUGCGCGGAUCAUGUGCUGCGCUCUAACUAACUGAGCUACAGAGAGAUAGUUGUCGAGCUCUAACCAGAAGUACAUGUAUAAAUACUACGGUAGCGACCACAUUUAUAUAUAUGACGCGGAAUGUGUGUUGUUAUACCUAUAUUCUGGUUUCACAGUUCGAAUGACAGCUAGUGAGUAGUGAUCCCUUUGAAGUGAUCAAUUAUUUUUUGUCAAAACAUUUACUGUCGUCGUCGUCGUUGAGAUUACUUUCGUUGAUUAUGUUGUUCUGACGAUAAAAUAUAAUUUAAAAGAUCCAUUCCUACCUUUCUGGACCAAAAUCCUUUCCCAAAUUUAAUUUUUAAAAAUGAUGAAAUGAUUCAUAUGUUUUUAUAUUGUUUUUAAUUUUAUUUCUAAGUUCUUCCUGGAGGUUGGUGCCUGGAAAAUAUCGCAAAACUUUUGAAACUUUGUGGUGAUGCAAUAUGUUGUGAGUUUUUGGGCAGUAAAGCGAUAAAUGGAAGAACACAGGAACUUGCCUUUAUCGCAUAUUACAUUGUUCAGGUAACAAUCUUGUUAGAUGCUUGCGAUGUUACUCUGAGUGUGUAUCCACACCGGACAGGUUUGAAAAAUAUGCCUGGCCACGGUAGCCAGUGUGGAUAUACACUUAGAGUAACAUCACAAACAUCAUAUUCACCUGAGUACAUAACACCAACACAGAAAAAUUAUAAUUUACGUGUUAUGCUUUGCAACUCUCUCACACAAGGCCAGGUCAGGGAUCGGGCAUGUCGUUAUGAUAUUGAAGUCUACUAGGACGUUUACCUGAAUAAAAGCAUUAAUAGAAUAUUUUAGUGCUGUCAAAAAGCUUUAAUAAAUUUUUAUAAAUUUUAAGCCGGUUUUCAGGAAUACAUAUUCAUGCUGACGGAUUCACGGUGCCCUGCGCCUGCGCGAAGGAACUCAUGGUACUGUCCUUAAAAGUGCAGUAGUGUUAUAUUCAUUUCAUUGCUGAUCUAUAAAGGUUGUUGUCAAAAUAUUUCGAAAAUUAAAUUAAGCAACAUUUGAACAAGCUGUAAAAACGUUUUCCGCAUAAUUUUUUUUAUUACUGUAUCGCUUUAACUUGCAUAGAGUGUACAAGGUAUAACUAUGACGUAACCUUUGUAAUUUUAUCUGUGAAUUGCACAACAAACGUCUCUUGGUAUCCUGGGUAUCCUAAAUUGUUUCAGCAUGUUUUGUAAUCAUGCUAAACCAUCUUGACAAAAUAUGACAAAAUUUUUAAUGGUUUUUGUAUUCUAUUAUAAGCUGCCGAACACUGACUGGUUCGAACUACCUAAAAAAGCUAAAAAAAUAUUUCAACAGCUGGAGAACAUACUCAUGAAGUCCUUAUCUCAAAAGGCCAAGCCAUCUUCAGACACACACCUGCAUGUACAGCACUGCAGCAGCUUGCUCUCUUUUAAAAUCUGCACAUUACACAUAUAACACCUAUUCGUCGAAGGCGAGGUGAUUAUUGGCUUAUUGGGGAGUAUUCCCCAAUCCUAAGGCGAAUAAUUGUUUUACUAUUCUUACACAAAUCUUUUGUGGGACUGAAUUCAUUUUAAUUUCGCUUAUUUCUUUAUCAGUAACUUCCACACAACGGCUAGCCGCCAUUUUGCAAAUUUGAUUUUGUUAUAUUCACCUGUAAGUGAAUAUAACAGCUUCAUACGUCAAAUUUGACCAAUCAACUUGUAGGAAUUGUUAUAUUAACUUGUGCAAGAAUACUAAACGUAUAUAAAAAGAAUUUCACUGAGAUAUGAUUAUCUGCUAUUGAAAUGUUCAGGCACUGAUGGAAGAUAAAUUGAAUGGAGAUGAAAACAAAGAAAAACUGGAAUGGUUUGUCAGUUUAAUUAAGAGAAUUGUAAAAGUGAUGCCAUGUAAAAAACAGCGUACUAUGUUGGUGAGCUCAUUGUUUGAUGUUUGGGAGGAAACUAUACUUGGAUUACACGAAGAUGUUCACGCUGUAUCAGGUAAGUCUUAGGCGUGCCGUUUACUUUUUUGGCUAUAUCAUCGCCACAUCAAAUGUUAUCCUGAAACUGUUACAUUCGAUGUUGUGACAAGUGAAUGCGGCAUCGUUUAUCUGGGCCUUUGGAAUUUUACAAUAUUUAAUCAAAUUCUGCUUUAAUUUUGCUUUAGACUGGAUGUUAAAAGAGAUAUACGAUAGGGGAGUUUUCAAGAGGGAAGUCUGUUUCCCAGCAACUGGGCACCUGUAACAAACUUAAACGUUAUCCUGAAUCUUUUCCUACAUCCAAUUUCAAUCCUAACACUACUAUUAACGCGAACUUAGACUUCGAACUAUCUUGCCACACCCUCUCGUUUAUCGCUUUAUCCAUUAUCAUUGGUUUACAGAUCAAAACCUUUAAAAUUAAGUAAACAAUCUGAAGUUGUCAAAACUUGAAUCGAUUUUAAAAUUAAUACACUGUAUAAAAUUGGACGCCAAUUGAAAAAGAUCGCCUGCAGUCAGAAACUGCGGUCCUCCAUCAGCAAAUUAGACAUUGCAAGGAUUCAUGUCAGGGGCAAAGCCAGCCCUACACGAGCGGGGGGAGUGGGGAAGGAUGCACAAUCGGAGAAUACACAGAAAAAUUAGGGGCUCAGGCUAUCCAUGAGAAUUGUCCCUGAGAAAUGUUUCAAUUUUGGAGGUCUGCGAAAAGGCUAUUCCAUGCAUUUCGAUGUUUUUUGAUAAUCCGAAACGCACAGUUUUGGUAUAAUCUUGAACUGUCUUUGUCAGUGUAGGUUGUGCCAAUAAAAUGAACAACCUGUUGAUAGGGAUGAAACCACCCGAAAAUAUAUAAGGAUAAUUUCAACGUUUCGAGCAAAGGCCCUUUGUCUGAAAGGGCCUUCACUCGAAACGUCAAAAUUCUCCUUAUAUAUUUUCGAGUGGUUUCAUCCCCACCAACGAAAGCUUGUACGCUUUUGGCGUAUUUAAUUUUUGUCAUAGAUGAAAGUAUUACGCGGUUACGCCCGGAGUUGUGGAAUAAUCAAUAGAUGAAAGUAUUACGCGGUUACGCCUCGCCCAGUGCCACGCAGUUGUGGAAUAAUUACAGAAUUGGCCCCGAAGAAAAAUGGGGGAGGUCCUGAACCACUCAUCUACCCCCCUUUCCACCACCCUCGUGGCUGCGCCCAUGAUUCAUGCAUACAUUAUGCUGACAUAACUAAAUAUCUGUUCAGUUCUUGCUAGAAAAGCAAGAUAACGUUUUGUAUAUUUCUCAUCAAAUUUUCGUGCAAAUUGAACCAACAUUCAAUUGAAAAAUGGCGAUUGAAUUCUGCUCCCAUGCAGACAAACUUGCUAUACAUACACUCACGCAUAAGCGAAAUGAAACACGUUUAUUUUUAAUAGAUAACGAUACAGAACUUAUUGAAAUUUACAACGCAUCUGUUCAUUAUUUGGCUAAAGUAAGUGGUAUGUUGCUGUUGGAUAAAAUUGAUUAAGUGAUGUCACGAAGCCAUGCCUUGAUCAAGUAAAGUUGUUGCAUAUUAUGGUUUGCAACGAGAUUACAGCAACUAUUAACUCAACCAUUCUUCGCAGACCUGCACAGGGCUGCAAAGUUUUAUGGCCCUUUCUGCAUGUAAGUUAAGAUCGAUGUUCUACUGUAUCUUAAAAAUA